AUGGUCUCUGGUGGCGCUGACUUCGGUCAGGCUGCAUUAUCGCAGAAGCGUGCACAAUUCGCUGGCCCUUCAGGCAUCAAGGGUUUGAUUGGAUCUUCCCAUGUAUUCGCUAUUGCGGUCUUCGCUUCCUUGGGAGGCUUUGUCUAUGGCUACAACCAAGGCAUGUUUGGCCAGAUUCUUAGCAUGACGUCCUUCUCCAACACUGUCCACCCUGAAUCAAUUUCAAACACGACCCUCAGAGGCUUUCUCACAGCUAUCCUGGAGCUGGGUGCAUGGGUCGGCGUGCUGGUCAACGGUAUUAUGGCCGACGCCUCGGGCGCAGGCUUGCGGUUGUUGUUGGCGCUGUCGUUUUCAUCCAUGUUGGUACCGCUAUACAAUGCUGAGCUUUCGCCUCCAGAGCUGCGAGGCUCAUUGGUCUCUCUUCAACAGCUGGCCAUUUGUUUCGGCAUCAUGAUCUCGUACUGGAUCGGGUAUGGAACAAACUUCAUCGGAGGCACGGGAGAAGGCCAAUCAAACGCAGCAUGGCUCGUUCCUGUCUGCAUCCAGCUUCUUCCUGCUCUGGUCCUCGGUGUUGGUAUAAUGUUUCUUCCUGAGUCACCCAGAUGGCUUGCUAAAAAAGGGCGCGACGAAGAAAGCCUCCAAGUUAUUGCGAAUUUGCGCCGGAAAUCUCCACAAGAUGAAGGUGUUCAGCUCGAGUAUCUUGAGAUCAAGGCUCAACAUAUGUUUGAGCGGGAGACAUCGAUUGCGAAGUUCCCACAUCUCCAGGGCGGCGGCCUCAUGAACAACAUCAAGCUUGGAUUCAACGAAUACGCAGCUCUUUUGAAAAACAAGUCGCUGUUCAAGCGUGUCACUAUCGCUGUUUUCAUCAUGGUCUUCCAACAAUGGUCCGGCAUCAACGCCAUCCUUUACUAUGCCUCGUUCAUCUUCAAGGAUCUCGGUCUCACUGGCUCAACGACCUCUCUGCUCGCUGGUGGCGUUGGAGGAGUUCUUCUCUUCCUCGCCACUAUUCCAGCUGUACUCUACAUUGAUCAGUGGGGACGUAAGCCACUUCUCAUCACCGGGGCGAUUGGCAUGGGUGUCUCUCAUAUCAUCGUUGCUGGUCUACAAGGAAAAUACCAAUCUUCCUGGGACACUCACAAGGCUGCUGGCUGGGUCGCCGUCGUGUUCGUCUGGAUCUACGAGGUCAAUUUCGGAUAUUCGUGGGGUCCAGGGGCUUGGGUCUUGAUCAGCGAGAUCUUCCCACUGGGCGCACGAGCGAAGGGUAUUUCCAUCGGUGGCUCAUCGAACUGGCUCAACAACUUUGCCAUCGGCCAGGCAACCCCCGACAUGGUCGCGGCUAUGACCUACGGCACCUUCAUCUUCUUUGGAGCUAUCUGCUUCCUUGCUGCUGCCUUCGUCUACUUCGUUGUUCCCGAGACCAAGAACUUGACCUUGGAAGAGAUGGAUGAGAUCUUCGGUGACACAGCUGGCACUGCCGUUGAAGAUCGCGACAGACUCAACAAGAUCUAUGUGGAACUCGGCUUGUUCAGUGCUCAUGAGGUUGAAACUAGAGCUUCCGUGAGCGCUGGCGUCAAGAGGCCUUCGUUCCUGGAACACCACGAACAAGGGCCCGAUGCUGAGAAGGCAAGUCCUUGA